AUGCUGCCCCUUUCCCUUCUCAAGACUGCCCAAGGUCACCCAAUGCUUGUGGAACUGAAAAAUGGGGAGACUUAUAAUGGCCAUUUGGUCAAUUGUGAUACAUGGAUGAACAUCCAUCUCAGAGAAGUCAUCUGCACCUCUAAAGAUGGAGAUAGAUUUUGGCGUAUGCCUGAGUGCUACAUUCGUGGCAAUACCAUUAAGUACCUUCGGGUUCCUGAUGAGGUUAUUGACAAAGUCCAGGAGGAAACUAAGAGCCGUGCUGAUCGCAAACCCCCUGGUGUGGGACGUGGAAGGGGAAGAGGUAGGGAAGAUGGUCCUGGAGGACGUCAAACAAAAGGAAUUGGGCGUGGCCUUGAUGAAGGUGGACCAAAAGGACAAGGAGGAGGUCGAGGUAGGGGUGGUCCAGGUGGAAAGCCAGGUGGAAACAGAGGUGCAGGGCGAGGCAGGGGUUAA